AUGGUACAUGAGAUAAAGCCCAAGUGUACGGCCCAGAUUUUACCACCGUGCUACUUAGAACAACCGGCCAUUCCUACCGCACAUGAGGAACCUGAGGCUGACACCGUUGCUCCUGAUGACUGCGAUGACGACCCUGACAGUCACACGUACAAUUAUGUUGACCGGGGAGACAUCAACAAACCGCGGCAGGCCAGUCAGGACAUACAGGCGGCUGAUGAGGAGGGAGACACUACACAGCCCAGUAGCGAUCAACAGAGCGGCUCUCAUACGACAAACAACACAAAUAACGUACCCGGUGCACUUCAACAAGAUAACAACAAAGAACAACCGGCCAAUCGUACCGAACAUGAGGAAACUGAGGCUGACCCUGUUGCUCCUGAUGACUGCGAUGACGACCCUGACAGUCACACGUACAAUUAUGUUGACCGGGACGACAUCAACAACCUACGGCAGGCCAGUCAGGACAUACAGGCGGCUAAUGAGGAGGGAGACACUACACAGCCCAGUAGCGAUCAACAGGGCGGCUCUCAUACGACAAACAACACAAAUAACUUACCUGGACAAGAUAACAACAAAGGUGUCAAUGUUGCUCUUGACAAGAUGGCGUACCAAACAAGCACCAACAUGACCUAUGGGUUAUACGCAGCCGUACCCAGCCGUGCAGUAGACGGCAUCACCAGUACCCACAUGCGGACUGGUUCCUGCACACACACCGAGGAGGAAGAUAACCCUGCCUGGUGGGUCAAUCUGGGCCAACCGUACAUGAUUGAAAGAGUAGUCAUCUUCAACCGCCGGGACUGUUGUGUGGAACGAGUCAACCCUUUCAACAUCCACAUUGGAGAUUCCAAGGAAGUCAUUAGGAACCCUAAGUGUGGUGGGGAUCAUUGGAUCGAGGUGAACAAGCCGUCCGUUUCCAUCCCGUGUCAGGGGAUGUGGGGACAGUACGCGGGCGUUCGUCUUCCCGGUUCCAAACGAAUACUGAGCCUGUGUGAAGUCCAGGUCUUUUCAGGUGUCAAUGUUGCUGUUCACAAGAUGGCGUACCAAACAAGCACCAACAUGACCUAUGGGUUAUACGCAGCCGUACCCAGCCGUGCAGUAGACGGCAUCACCAGUACCCACAUGCGGACUGGUUCCUGCACACACACCGAGGAGGAAGAUAACCCUGCCUGGUGGGUCAAUCUGGGCCAACCGUACAUGAUUGAAAGAGUAGUCAUCUUCAACCGCCGGGACUGUUGUGUGGAACGAGUCAACCCUUUCAACAUCCACAUUGGAGAUUCCAAGGAAGUCAUUAGGAACCCUAAGUGUGGUGGGGGUCAUUGGAUCGAGGUGAACAAGCCGUCCGUUUCCAUCCCGUGUCAGGGGAUGUGGGGACAGUACGUGGGCGUUCGUCUUCCCGGCUCCAAACGAAUACUGAGCCUGUGUGAAGUCCAAGUCUUUUCAGCGGGAGAAACGCUGGUGAUCAGUGACGCCAACUACGGCCGUACGUCAACCUCCCAUGCCUGCCCCUGUAUCUCCAAUUGCGUUACCAACUGCAGUGCAGCCAACAGCCUGUCCAUUGUGAACGAUUCCUGUCAGGGUUUACAGCAAUGCGCUGUGAAUGCAAGUAACGACGUCUUUGGUGACCCAUGCACGCUUACAUUGAAGUACUUGGAGACAACAUACCACUGUGCACCAGGUUAG